GGGGCAGGGAACAUUAAUUCAUAGGUUAACGUUUGAUGCGGCGAUAUCGUGCGUGUCUCUCGCGCCCGGAGAUAUCGCGCGACACAUGGAGAGAACGAUGUCGGAGCAGGCGGCUUCGCAGACGCAAACGGAAACAAUCUCCGAGCCGGACGUCACCGAUUCCGGAUCGCAGGAUGUGCCUACGGUACGAUUACGUCUACGAAAGCCAAAGUCAAAUAAGAAGGUCCAAUGGACUCAGGGAACUGUAGACAAUGAAAAUUUAAAUAAAAAGAAAUCAAAAUGUUGCUGUAUUUAUGAGAAACCAAAAACUUUCGGUGAGAGUAGUUCUGAAGACAGCGACGACGAGUGCGAGCAUUGUCAUGGGCAUAAGGAUGCUCACAAGAAGGUCUUACCUAAAGCUGGUGAUCCUACGCGAGAAGGAAUGUCGUCACAUCCUGAACCGAUCGCAACAGGUUCAACAUAAGUGUUUUUAUGCUUAUUGACAACUUUUCCCUAAAUGGAAAAUAAAUUCCUUUAUGCUACUUCUCGAGUCAAUGUCACACAGAGAAAGAUGAUAGACUGUAGGUACACAAAUUUUAAGUAUGAUUUUGCACUAGUACAUAUAUUUAUAUUACAGUGCUUUAACAGUGUCGCACAGAAGAUUAUCAAGUGUCGUUCAAAUUUUGAAUUGUUAUACAGGUCGUAAUGCCCUGUGAACAGUAAAUUGUCCAUUCUUUGGAAAGUAACUUAAUCAUUCCUUAUAUAUUUAUCUCUGAUUUAAUGUUAUUUGCUCUAUAUUUACCAUCUGUUAUUUACUAUUUAAUAUCUAGUAUAAGGAGAUCCAGAUUUUAUGUGCUCAAGUGUACGUAUAUAUUGUUAUUUUGUGUCUUGUAUUAACAAUCUAAUUACGAUAGUAGGUUAGAUUAUAGCUUCGUUUCUCCACCCCACGACGUUAUCAAUUGCAAUAGUAUUGGUUCGUGUAUCUCAUCGUUCUUAGACUAAUUGUAAAUUUAGAAUCAUUUUCUGAUACGUGGGAUAAUUAAGGAUAUAUCAAAAUUUUACCUUCGUUUGAGAGAUUUAUUACAUUGAUAAUCUUAUGAUACAAUUACUCCACAAUACAAGCUCAAAAAAGUGAAAUAAUGUAUUACAAAUUACGACAUGUGCUGUCGUACAAGUAUAACUAAAUUAAUUACGUCUCAUUACAUACAUCAAAAACAAAAAAAAAGAUACAAAAUAGUGCACAUUUACAUUUAUAUGUCUUGUUUCCUGUAUCUAAUGUAAGCGUAGGUAGAUGAAAUUUGUAAAUAUUUAAAAUAUACAUAAAAGCGAAACAGAAUAAACAAGAGAAUCCGAUACAGAUUAUACACGAAAAUAGUUAUAACCAGAGAGAAACUUAAAGUUUAUUGCAUACUUUCAUCAGGUUUUAAUUUUUUAUUUCAUUGAAAGGUAAAUUUUAAAACUAGUUCCAUAUAAAUCUUAUGGAUAACUUAAACUGAAAUAUAUUCGCUAUAUUAAAAAAUAUCUUGAGAAAUGAUCAAUAUGUAUACAAUAUGGGAUAGGACAAAUUUUGAUCAUUAAGUAGGUCAUUGAUCUAAUGUUAACUUGUGAGUUGUGAAAAUUGAAAAAUAGUUUGAUAGUAAUUUUCGAGUGAAUGAUGUUUUAAAUCUUUUGUUAGACAUUUUCAAAUUUUUCAUCGUAACAGAUGUCAACAAUAUAUUCUUAUGAUAUUCAUUUUUUUAACAACAUUUUUAGUAAUUUUUCCUUUUUUUUUCUUCCAAAAUAGAAGCACUCAUUUGAAAUUCUAUAUUAUAUGUAUUAUAUUACCAAGAAAUGAAAGUCUGUACAUGCAUUUGCAUAAUUCCAGAUAAUCAAAAAAUAUAUUCUCGCCAUAUUUGUGCUUUUACGCAAUAAUAGUAUUAAUAAUUCUGGACGAUUUUGUAUAGUAUAACGUAAGUGCAAAAUAUAUCUCUAAGAUCUUGUAAAAAUAAAUGUCUAAAUCG